AUCAAAUUUUCCCAACCAAUCAUUCAUAUAAACUUUCAAACUGAUCCUUUACUCUUUCUCUUAUCUUCUAUCCUUUUGCAAAAAAAAAUUAAAGCAAUGAAAAUCUGCUUCUUUUUCCUUCUACUCAGUCUCAUCAUUGCUUCAACCUUCGCAUCGAAACCAACUUAUGACUUCUCCGGUAUCAUCUUGGACACAGGAGGCCUCAGUCGAGCUGCAUUUCCAGAAGGUUUCGUCUUCGGAACUGCAACUUCUGCAUAUCAAGUAGAAGGAAUGGCUGACAAGGAUGGCCGAGGACAAAGCAUUUGGGACCCUUUCGUUAAACUCCCCGGAAAAAUUGCUGGCAAUGCUACUGGAGAUGUAGCUGUGGAUCAAUAUCAUCGAUACAAGGAAGACAUCGAUAACAUGAAAAAGUUGAACUUUGAUGCUUAUCGAUUCUCGAUUUCUUGGCCGAGGAUAUUUCCAAAUGGAACAGGAGAAGUAAAUUGGAAAGGGGUUGCUUACUAUAAUAGAUUGAUUGACUACAUGAUUCAACAAGGAAUCACACCCUAUGCAAAUCUUUACCACUAUGAUCUUCCCUUGGCAUUACAAGAAAGAUAUGGAGGUUUACUAGACAAGCAAAUUGUGGCCGAUUUUACAAAUUAUGCAGAAUUUUGUUUCGAAGAAUUUGGAGAUAGAGUGAAGAAUUGGAUGACAUUUAACGAACCGAGAGUUAUAGCUGAUGUCGGGUUCAAUAGUGGAAUAAUGCCUCCUUCAAGAUGUUCAAAAGAGUAUGGAAAUUGUACAAAUGGGAAUUCAGGAACUGAACCUUACAUUGUGGCUCAUAACAUAAUUCUUUCCCAUGCUAAUGUGGUUGAUACAUAUAGGAGGAAAUUUCAAGAAAAACAAGGAGGAAGAGUUGGGAUUUUGUUGGAUUUUACAUAUUAUGAACCUCUCACUAAUGGAAAAGAAGACAGAGAUGCAGCUCAAAGAGCAAGAGAUUUUACCAUUGGCUGGUUCUUGCAUCCAUUUACAUAUGGUGAAUAUCCAAGAAGAAUGCAAGAAAUAGUAAAGGAAAGGCUACCAAAAUUCAGUGAAGAAGAGGUAACAAUGGUGAAAGGGUCAGUAGAUUUUGUGGGUAUCAAUCAAUACACAACUUUCUAUAUGUUCAACCCUACUUGGCCAAAACCAACCACUCCUGGGUAUCAAUCUGAUUGGCAUGUUGGCUAUGCUUAUGAAAAGAAUGGAAAACCAAUUGGUAAACGGGCUCAUACUGGAUGGUUGUAUGAAGUCCCAUGGGGAAUGCAUAAAGCUUUGAUGUAUGUGAAGGAGCACUACGGAAAUCCAAACGUAAUUGUUUCAGAAAAUGGUAUGGACACUUCUGAUAUACCACUUCCUGAAGGGUUAAAUGAUAGAGAAAGAAUAAAUUACUACAAGACAUAUUUGCAAAACAUGAAGAAAGCCAUUGAUGAUGGAGCUAAUGUGAGUGGGUAUUUUGCAUGGUCUUUGCUUGAUAACUUUGAAUGGCUAUCAGGUUAUACUUCAAGGUUUGGUAUCAUAUAUGUUGAUUACAAACACAAUCUCAACAGAAUUCCUAAAAUGUCAGCCUAUUGGUUCAAACAAAUGAUUCAUAAGACUUAGACAAUAAUUAACCCAUGCAUGUAAUAUUUUAAAUAAUGUCAUUGGUAACUAUAUGUAUUAUUCUCUUUUCUAUAA